GUUGCGCCACCACCCACGCCUUCUUCAUUGGGAUCUCCUCCACCUCCACUCACAUCCACCACGCAACCACCUAGUCACCUCAAAUUAUACACCAAGCCAGCUAGCGAGCUAGGCAGGUCCAUCUCCCGCAUGCACCCGCAUCCAGCGCCGGUCUACCCGCAUCCGCUCCUUGCCCUGUGCCCGAAUCCGAUAGGAUGUCACCGCGUCUCGUCACGCACCUCUCUGAGUUCCUUGUCCCCAAGCCUUCCUAGUUCCUACUCUAGCCGCCGCCUCGUGCUGCUCGUCGGAGUACCAGCAACGUCAAGCAGAGAGCCGCCGGAGCACCAGACCAAGCAGCAGCGCCACCACGCCAAGCACCAGCAGCGCCAUGGUGCACAUGGACCUCGCCGCUCUUCCAGCGAGGUCAACUUGCUGCGUGAGCACCGGCUCCGCAGGCCUGUCGCGCCCCAUCACCGCUCUCCUCCUUCCCUCUCUCUUAUCUCUCCCGGAGCUUGUCAUCCAUCGCCCCCAUGCCGUCGUACCUCGCCGCUGUCGGGAAUGGGACGUUCGCCCCCAGAUCCAGCCUUGGCGCCCAUCUAUGACCCCGACCUUGUGGACUCCCGUCGCCGCGCUGCGGUCCCAAACACCGGCGCCCUCUUGUUUCCCGUCGUGAGCAUCUUAAUUCUAAUAUGAAAUUCAGGUUUUUCCUAGAUCCAUUCUGCCAUAUUGAUGUUAAAUGUUGUUGUCUUUGUUAUCCUUCAUGAGCAUACUUGUAGCCGAGAUGGCUAGUGCAGCCACACCUCAUUCAUGGGUCCCCCGGUUCGAGUCCCAGAUUCAUGUCAUGUUAAUUUGAUGCAUCUCUUAUAUGUAGCACAUGAUCAGUUGAGAGGGUCAUUCCAUCGUGCCACCAGCUAGGUCGUGGGAUCGACUACUAGCGAGAACCCAAAAACCUUUUGCAUGUUUAUUUAUUUUUCACACGCACAAAUAUGACUUAGGCCUCAUUCGCUACUGGUCCGCUGCACCGUCUUGCUUCUCUCCCAAGCAUUUUUUUUCUCCCUGUGUAUUUAUCAUUUUCUAGUGCAUGCAUAUUUUUCAGAAAAAGACUUUGUUCUAAAAUGUUAAUAACGAAUUAAGCAUGCACCGGAUUAAAAAAAUUAUAU